AUGUCUGUUUUUUGUUUGUUUUCUAUAGGUGAAUCUACACCUGGCUGACUUUAGAAUUCUUCUGGCUUUUAAUUUUUUUCUUUUUAAAAUAACUUGGACGGAUAAAAGAUGUGCCAUGGCAGGAUAGCACCAAAGAGCACCUCAGCGUCUGCCGUGGCCUCUGUGGGACAUGGAGUGUUUCUUCCGCUGGUGAUCCUUAGCACCCUCCUUGGAGACGGACUUGCCUCAGUGUGUUCCCUGCCCCCGGAGCCAGAGAAUGGUGGCUAUGUCUGCCACCCCCGGCCCUGCAGAGACCCCUUGAACUCAGGCAGUGUCAUCGAGUACCUGUGUGCUGAAGGCUACGUGCUAAAGGGCGAUUACAAAUACCUGACGUGUAAGAAUGGCGAAUGGAAACCAGCCAUGGAGAUUAGCUGCCAUCUUAACGAGGAGAAAGACACCAAGACAUCAUUUGGGGUCCCCACACUGUCCAUCGUGGCUUCCACUGCCAGCUCCGUGGCACUCAUUCUCCUCCUCGUGGUGCUGUUUGUGUUGCUGCAGCCAAAGCUGAAGUCGUUCCAUCAUAGCAGGCGUGACCAGGGGGUAUCUGGGGACCAGGUCUCCAUCAUGGUGGAUGGAGUCCAAGUUGCACUACCGUCAUAUGAGGAGGCUGUGUAUGGCAGUUCCGGUCACUGCGUGCCGCCCGCUGACCCCAGAGUACAGAUUGUGCUGUCGGAGGGGUCUGGGCCUAGUGGGAGGAAUGGGCCACGGGAGCAGCAGCUACAGGACCAGGGGGCUUGCUCCUCUGCGGGUGGGGAGGAGGAGGCCCCGGGCCAGUCUGGACUGUGUGAAGCCUGGGGCUCCCGGGGCUCAGAGACCGUGAUAGUGCAUCAGGCAACCACCUCUUCCUGGGCGGCCGGCUCAGGGAGCAGCCAGCGGGCACACAAAGAAGCCCCGGAUUCAGAGAACAGUGACAUACAAAGCCUUCUAUCCCUCACGUCGGAGGACUACACAGACGAUAUCCCGCUGUUGAAAGAAGCAUGAGGUUUGCCACCGGCCUCUCUCCUCUGCGAUGGUCCUCUCUGCCCUUCGUCCCUCUCCCUGUGGGUUUGAGCACCCUGCCCAGCUAGCUGAGCUGCCACCUGUGGAUCUCUGAGGGCAUGCAGGCCCACCUUGCUGGAAACUCAAGGAAGAUUCUUGCCAUCUGCCUGCUUGACAGCUGGAGGAAUUGGCUUUUUGCCUGGUCCAGCCUUCCCAUCUGUGUCGGUAACAUGUUUGAAUGUGCCGGACUGAACCCUUCCUUUCCCUGGGCCUGUGGGAGCCCUCCAGCCAAUUCUUUGGUGGCCGCCCCAACCAGCCCACAUGGGCCAGAGAACCGCUGUGUUUACUUGUGCCUUCCCCCCACCCUGUCCAGGUUCCCUGUCACGCAGGCCUGUUGCUGCCCUACAAGCCUUAGUGGCUGCACUGCUGCCCCCUGCCACACAAGGGGUGGGCCUGGGUCUGGCUUGUUUCCUUUGAGGGCUUAUCAGGAGCAGGUCCAAGAGUGGGAGCUGGGGAGACAAGAGGGACUAACUGGAGCAAGAGUGUGGGUCCUUGGGCCUGCCCUUGGUUGACACUGGUGGCACGUUUUCUUGGCUGGGGACGGAGGAUGUGGAAAAUCUGCCAAAGCUGACCCAGCACCGGCUGUCCAGCUCAGAGGUGCCAGCUCCUGGCCCUGCUGUGUUGAGCUUCCAGGGGAUCCCAGGGGAGGGCAGGAAGGUGGCUGAUAAUGGUUGUCUUCCUAAUAGGCAAGUUCACGCCUUCUUCAGCGUGGCUUCCUGGUCUCCGCUUUUCUUUUUCUGGAGUAUAAGGGAAAGUUGCAUGCUGACACCUGGGGUUUAUGCGGCAGCUCCUGCUACCUUGCUGCCCACAGAGUUCUGAGGGGAAUCAUCCGUGGGUUAGGAGCUCGCUGAGAUGCCAUGGACUGCCCAUCUGCUCACUGACAGAGAGGGCAAGUUGCCCGUUCCGGGUUUGUGGUGACGGAGGGGAACCUGAGAGGCACAGACUAAGUCCCCAGUCCUGAGGGUCCUCCUCACCACAGUCACGUGCCUUAGUAACUGGUCCAGGAAGCGUCCU